GAUUAUUAUUAGCCUAUAUAACCGUUUGUUUAGUAAGUAAAGCCGGUAUUGGUAAUGUGCUGAAAACUAUGAAAUACUCUGCUGCCAAAGUUGAAACCAAAGAAGAAAAAGAACAAUUACCUGCUGAUUAUUUAACCUGA